CAGCCUUCCAUAAACACUUCCUGUAAAGAGAGCCCUAUUUAGGCUUUCUUUAUUGCAAGUUCUGUUUAAUUAAGAUUUUCUUAUCCCCUGCUAUGUUAAAAGCUUGCUAGACCCUGCAAGAGCCUCCUGUAUGUGAUUAAAGUUCAAUUUAGAGAUCGAGAUACAAUUAUUUAAGGUAAAUUACAUCUGUUUGAAAGUGAAACCAGUUUUUUUUUUCAUGCAGGCUCUGUCAAUCAUAGCCAGGGGAGGUGUGGCUAGGGCUGCAUAAACAGAAACAAAGUGAUUUAACUCCUAAAUGACAUUGAAUUGAGCAGUGAAAUUGCAGGGGAAUGAUCUAUACACUAAAACUGCUUUAUUUAGCUAAAGUAAUUUAGGUGACUAUAGUGUUCCUUUGAGUACUUUUAUAAAAACACAUAUUUCGGUCUCUUCUCUUUUCAGCUAUGGAUUUUCCUCAGCACAGUCAAUUGGUUCUAGAGCAGCUGAACCAACAGAGGCAGCUUGGCUUGCUAUGCGACUGCACGUUUGUGGUGGAUGGAAUUGAUUUUAAGGCCCACAAGGCAGUGCUGGCAGCCUGUAGCCAGUAUUUUAGAAUGCUCUUUGUGGAACAGAAAGAUGUGGUGCAUCUGGACAUAAGCAACGCAGCAGGUACUGACUGCAGUUUGGUGAGUUCUGUAUUUGUUUUGAAGGCAGAGGUUUGCCAGCUGGAGACCCACUAUGGUCUCAAAGCUUGCUAAUCUGAAACAUUCUUAUCAGAGUGCCCAAAAAGACUCUUAAAUUCAAAUGUAUUGUACUCUGAUGUGUUACCGGGUAAUUUGAUUUAAAAGUAUGUUGUUUGCUUACUUAAAGUAAACCUCCCUUCUACAAAUAUGUGUAAGGUUUCUUCAGCUAGUUAAAUUACUUUGUGGAAAGCUUAGAAGAAAUGUUUGUUUUAAGUGGUUUGUCCAGAUUAAACUCCUUUAAAACCAUGCCCAAAUUAAUUGAUCAGACUGAGGUUUGCAUGUGGAGUUGUUAUUCAUUGAAAUACAGACAGGUAAAUAACAGGCAGAUCAAUUUGUGCUACUGUGACUUAAAAGGAAUUUGAUUCAGACAAACCACUCAAAUGUACACAAAUUACAACCCUCGAUCCCUAGCAUGUAGGGGGACUCUCGGAGUUUGAGGAUAUCCCCACUUCAUUUAGUCACCUGGAUGGCUGUGCACGCAGCUGCCAGUGAGAGCCAUGUUUUGUAGCCUUUACAGUUUUGGCAUAGAGGUAGAAUCAAGUAAGGUAAUUUUCACCUCUGCAUGUGCUAAUGUAUACAUGAAAUUGUAUUCCUUGUUAAAUGAUGCCAGGUGACAUUUCUGUACAUUAAGGCUUUACAUUUAGCCACUAAUAGCAUGCAUCUCCUUUUGCAUUAGAAAGUUUCUGGCAUUAUUUGAUUAUUUAUUUUUUAAAUAGUUUAUUGCAGCUUUUCCAUGUGUUUCUAACACUUCUACUUGUCUUAGGUCUCGGUCACGUUCUGGAAUUUAUGUACACGGCUCGUCUUAGCCUGACUAGGGAAAACGUGGAGGAUGUACUGGCUGUGGCUGGCUUUUUGCAGAUGCAAGAGAUUGUCAACGCAUGUACAGCUCUGAAAUCUCUCAGCAUUCCAACGGGGAGUGAUUCUAACAGCCUGGGAACUCUCACAGCAAGCCAAGGUAGAGUCCUACGUCCACAUCUAUAUCCUAACUUCCUCAUAUGACACUGGUUAAAUACAAAGCCAAGUAUCAUUGUAUGCACAUUGCGUACUCCAUGUGAUAAAUGGACAUUGGAAAUUUGGGUGUUUAUCCCGAGGGACGUGAAUUUGGGUUUGUCUUUGAUUAUAUUCCGUCCAUUUUGGCCGGACUAUGGAAUUAACUUUAUUCUCCAUUUGAUUUCUUCAUCCUCAGGAGGUCUUCUUCAUAUAGAAGGAAGUUUGUCAGCUCCAGCUGGGGAAGCUGGGGUGAUAGUAGAAGCUAGAGUCACAGUCCCAGCGUCAUUCAAACGUGCAAAGGGAAAUGAAGGAGCCUCAGCAGAGGGUGAGUGAUAAAGCUAUAAUCAAAAUUUAGAUACUGAUCCCCCUGCUGGAAUAAUGAGAUGACAUACAGUGCCAGUGACAGCAGUUAGUCCCAAGAAAUCCAAAAUAAGGUUUUCAUUUGUACGUCUGCCAACUAUUUGCUUGUAGAAUGUACACCUACAAUGUUUAAAGUGAUACCAAGUCUCAUUAGGAGUUAUAGGCACACUUCAAUACUGAAUCUUUGCAUCUACAUACAUAGAAAAGGUUUGAUGGAGUUAGUAUAGUUGAACCAUAGUGUGUGUUAGCUUAAAGCAGACUGUCACUUCUCUUAAGAUUACACCAUUGAAAAAAACAUUGAACAUCUUUUAGAAAUUGUGUUCAUCUUUAUUCCAUGUAAUGAGCCAUUUUAUUUUAAAAUAUAACUAAAAAAUAAAGCAUGUAGCACCACAAUGCAGUUCAGUCUAGGAGCAGCCAGGGUACACAAUACAAAUGACGAGGAACAGAUGCAAUAUUUAAGUUCUUCCUCUCUUUGGGCAACUUUUUAUAAUGCUGAUUAACAGGGAACUAUGAUGGAGACCCCAGUUUCAGGAUAGAUGUGUGGAUUUCUAAAGUUUAUUAAAUUUUUCAGACCUCAUACAAACAUAUUUGUUAAAUCUAGGGUAUAGGUAAACAGAAUGUUCAAAAUUCCCCUUUAAUCUGUCUUUGUAAUGCCAAUGUACGUUCCUAUGUGUCGUCUUCAGGCAGCAGUGUAAGCAAAGGAGAUGAAAGUGAGCCGAAAAGAGACAUUCCUGAGGACAGUGACAUGGAGGAGCCAGCACUGAAUGGCUCACAGCUGGGUGCGUAGAGGGAUGUCCAAUUUAGGAUGUCAGUUUGAUAUUCUAACACUUUUGGUAUGGAGUUAUUGUAAUAUAGCGAGUUGUGUAUAAUUGCUUUUCUGUUUAAGAACUAGGAGAGUGACUUAAUACAUGAAGAGGGAUGUACUACUGUAUGCUAUGAAUAAUCUGUGUGCCUGGUGAAUUGUUUGUUAUAAAAGAGCUCAGGGAUAGGGUUAGAUCAGGCCUGUCCAACCUGCGGCCCCCCACAUGUUGCCGAACUACAACUCCCAUGAUUCUUUCAAUGAAACAGCCAGGGAAUCAUGGGAGUUGUAGUUCAGCAACAUCUGGGGGGGCACAGGUUGGACAGCGCUGGGUUAGAUAAUUGGGAAAAACAGGUUCUGAAAACAUUUAUGUAUAUAUCUUGCAGAUGUUACAAACAAGGAGGUGAGUGUCAAAGGAGAGGAUUCUGUGAAUCUCACCACUUGGCAAGCGUCAUCUGCUCAGGGCAGUCCUUUGGCAGAAAAGCCACAAGAGCAGAAACAGGUCCAAUCAUCUGAUGCCCACCCUGGCUUGGAGUUGACUUGCGAGCAAGAUGAAGAUAAUUUGUCUUUACCUGUUGAGCGGCGAUCUCCACGACAAGACAUAUGCCAUGUAGCGAGCAGAGAACAUGAUGAGAUGGACAAUGGAGAGGGGGUAGAUGAGAAUGAAUCUUCUUCCACAAACUCCGAUCAGGCUACCUCAGCGAGGUACCAGCACAUGCGAGUAGCAACAUUUACUUACGGAGAUCGCAGUGAGUCACGGACCUAUGGUUCUACCACCCACAAAUGUCAGGUGAGUCAAACUGCACAUCAGUCAUUGCAUCAGAUUCUGAAUCACAGUUAUUAAUCCCUAAUGAGUUAUGUGCUCAUUACAGUACUGUGGUAAAAUUUUUACGCACACUGGAAACUUCACCAGGCACGUGCGUACCCACACCGGAGAGAAACCCUUCUCGUGCCAAGAGUGUAAGAAAGCCUUCUCCGACCCCGCAGCCUGCAAAGCGCAUGAGAAAACACAUAGGUAAUCCAUUCUUGUGGUUUCUACAUAGGCUUUUAUUUCCUGGCAGAUAUCUAACUUCAUCAACAAUAGCCUUUGCCUGGAGCAGUUAUUUUAAUUUCCUCUGCCCACAGCCCCUUGAAGCCACAUGGUUGUGAGGAUUGUGGAAAGAGUUAUCGGCUUAUCAGCCUCCUGAACAUGCACAAGAAGCGCCAUUUAGGGGAACCACAAUUCCAGUGCAAGGACUGCAACAAAAUGUUCACCACAUCUGGCAACCUUAAAAGGCAUUACCUGGUCCACAGUGGAGAGAAACCCUAUAUGUGUGAGUACUGCAACCGGCCAUUCUCCGACCCUACCUCGAAGAUGCGCCACUUGGAGACUCAUGACACCAACAAAGAGCACAAGUGUCCUCACUGUGACAAGAAGUUUAACCAAGUGAGUAAAAUCCAGUUUCUUCAAAUGUUAGCAAAGACUUGCUGUCAGUGAACAUGAUGGUUUAGGGCUAAUUUGUGGACUGUCCUUUGCAGCUUGGUAACCUAAAAGCUCACCUAAAGGUCCACAUUGCUGACGGACCCCUGAAGUGUCGAGAGUGCGGAAAGCAGUUUACCACCACAGGUAAUGUGUCCCUGAGAGCCAUCACCACCCGUGUGAUUUCCCAACGCGCCAUAGCCAGACGGUUGUUGAUAUCUGGACUGCCCUUUUCUCCCAUGUCUCUACAUGUCCACUUCUCCAAAUCUAGAUACUAUUACACUAGGAAAUACCCUUCUUUUCCCCCCUUGUAUCCACCUCCUGCAGGAAAUUUGAAGAGACACCUUCGCAUCCACAGUGGGGAGAAACCAUAUGUUUGUAUACACUGCAAGCGUCAGUUUGCUGAUCCUGGUGCGCUACAGCGUCAUAUUCGAACCCACACAGGUAACUUGGCUCAGAGUAAUGUUUGUUAAAUAGUGCAUGUUAGCAGUGCAAUGACUUGUAAUUUUGAUGUUUUUCUUGCUGUCUUCAUUUUUUCUUAGUACUUAUUAUAUGAGAAUUGUUUUAUCCUCCAUUUACCAAUUUUGGUUCCUUUUCCUUUAUUCAUAAGGUGAGAAGCCAUGUCUCUGCAUGAUCUGUGGGAAAGCAUUCACUCAGGCGAGUUCACUGAUUGCCCAUGUCCGUAAACACACGGGAGAGAAACCAUAUGUGUGUGAACGUUGUGGGAAAAGGUGAGUCAAUGAGAGAGAUACGAGACAGAGGCUUGCAACUUACAGCUAUGACUCCCAUUGAGAUCUGGAAUGAGAGCCCCUUGUGAAACCUAGUGUUGUGAGGCUAGAGCACCCUUUGACUCUUGGAGUGUUGGAACUGAAGGCUAAGGUGAGCAGCUAGGACACAUUGAGAGACUUGUGAGCAGCUGGGACACACUGUGAGAGUUGUGAGCGGCUAGGUCACACUGAGAGUUGUGAGCGGCUGGGUCACACUGUGAGAGUUGUGAGCGGCUGGGUCACACUGUGAGAGUUGUGAGCGGCUGGGUCACACUGUGAGAGUUGUGAGCGGCUGGGUCACACUGUGAGUUGUGAGCGGCUGGCAGUUGUGCGGCUGGGUCACACUGUGAGAGUUGUGGCGGCUGGGUCACACUGCUGGGUCACACUGUGAGAGUUGUGAGCGGGGGUCACACUGGGAGAGUUGUGAGCGGCUGGGUCACACACUGCGAGAGUUGUGAGCGGCUGGGUCACACUGCGAGAGUUGUGAGCGGCUGGGUCACACUGCGAGAGUUGUGAGCGGCUGGGUCACACUGCGAGAGUUGUGAGCGGCUGGGUCACACUGCGGUCCUUGUGAGCGGCUGGGUCACACUGCGGUCCUUGUGAGCGGCUGGGUCACACUGCGGUCCUUGUGAGCGGCUGGGUCACACUGCGGUCCUUGUGAGCGGCUGGGUCACACAGCGGUCCUUGUGAGCGGCUGGGACACACUGCGGUCCUUGUGAGCCGCCGGGACACACUGUGAGACUUGAUUCUUGUAACUGAUGAUUGUGCCCCCUGCAAUCCUGGACAAUGCAGACUGAUGGCUCUAGAACUUUGCUGAGGACUUUUCUUUAGCUCCUGAACAAAGAUGAAUGUCAUAUGUUGAAAUCUUGUAUUCACUACAUCACUUGGGCUGGUAUUAACCCUUUGUAUAUUCUCUUAUACAGCUUUGUUCAGUCCAGUCAGCUCGCCAAUCACAUUCGCCAUCACGACAACAUUCGGCCUCACAAGUGCAAUGUUUGUGGCAAAGCUUUUGUCAAUGUUGGAGACCUGACCAAACAUGUCAUUAUUCACACUGGUGAGUGGGGUCCUUGGAAAUAUGGGUUGGUUUCUGUUGGUUACUCUUUCCAAUUGUAUGGAUUUACUAAAACUGCUAGAAAUGUUAAAGUUCGUCCAAUGGCUAAACCCAAAAGAUUUGUAAAUGUUUUGCUCAUUUAGGAGAGAAACCGUACCUGUGCGAUAAGUGUGGGCGUGGCUUUAAUCGCGUGGACAAUUUGCGUUCCCACGUAAGAACAGUGCACAAGGGCAAGGCUGGCAUGAAAUUAAGGGACGAUGAUGAUGAUGAGCUAGAUGACGAUGACGAGCUCAGUAUUGUGACUGUGACAGGUGACAUGGUCGAGUUAGAUGCAGAAGGCCUGGAGGAAGGAGCAGUCACAGAACUGACUGGUGAGGGGAGUUAUGGGUUGGAAACCUCUCUGGGUUUUCAGGCUCCAAUGAAACUCAUUUACACACCAGAGACCACCCUUAAGUUGUGAUAAUGAGUUAUCUCUACUAUAUUUCCAGUGGUUCCUGUCACUGACUCUGAGACGGCUGAUGAGACUGAAGCACUUAAAGCAGAGAUCACCAAGGCUGUGAAACAGGUGCAGGAAGCAGGUAAUCGUAGGAAAUUGUGCAAAAAGCAGGAAUUUUAACUGUGAGUCUGCACCUUGCAGAGUUGGUCUUUGAUCAAUUUUUUCUCUGUCAAAUCAUUUUUUCUUUUGUAACUCCAUUUUCUUUCUGAGUUUUCCGGGCUUUGCGAUUUUAUGAUGCCAUACCUGCUCUAUGAUAACUGCAGUCAAAACAAAGAGGAAUGGGCGUCUUGCUUCUAGCAUGAGAGAGAAUGAAAAUAACCAUUUCUGGUCGUUAAAAGGGAGCAGCAUUGAGUAAAACAUUAAAAAUAACCUAGAAUUCAUGUUAACCUAUUGCUUGUAUCAAUUCGGAGCAGCACAUACCUGUCCGAAAAAAAACUCUGCUCGGCAGCAAGUCAUCGCCAGGCAGAAUAUUCUUUCCAAACCUUGUUACAUUUCAAAGAGAACCUACAUAACGGAAAUGUAUAGAUGUAUUAAUGAAUCUGAGGUCAUGUUAGUGACAUCACGGGAACAAGGUUUGAACAGGGUGUCCUCAGUCUAUGUCUUUCUUUAGUUUAUUUACUGAACACUCUGGCUGACACAAUGGGAGAUCUGUGUUCGGAACAGUUCUAGGUAAAGUUCUAAAACUCGAUCACUCAACAGAAACAUCCCAUUGUUUUUCAUGACUACAUAACUCUGCUGUAGGAUCACAUAAUAGAUGUAAACUCUAAAUUGCUGAAUGUAUUUUCUUCUUCCUUACAGAUCCCCACACUCAGAUUCUCUAUGCUUGUGACUCCUGUGGUGAUAAAUUUCUCGACGCCAAUAGCUUAGCCCAACAUGUACGGAUACACACUGCGCAGGCUCUCGUCAUGUUCCAGGCAGACACAGACUUCUAUCAUCAAUACAGCACCCCAGCCACCUGGCACACGGAACAAGUCAUCCAAUCAAGCGAGCUCCUGUCUGAACAGCAGAAUGCCAUGGAGUGCCAGGGACCUGAAUAAGGCCCUUGUGCUGGAUCCUGCAUUGGAGAACACUGCAGCCCUGAUCGACCAUUGGAACCUUGGAAUACAUUGACAUAUACACCAUGCGUGCAUAGAAAAACUUCAUUUAACUCAUUCAUCACCCUCCGCUGAUUUCUGCUUCUCGCACUAAACAUAUUUUGAGCAAAUCCACAAUCCAGAUGUGUGUGAUGAGAUAUUGGCCUGUACCAGCGCCAUUAUACAUUAAAUCAUUUUCAAUAUGCGUCAAGGAUUUUUGUUGAACAGAAUUAUUAUUUUUUUUUUUUGUGAACUGGAUUGGAAUGCAUUUGGUGUGAACCAGCUCACUUUAAAGAAAGACAUAGGAAGAUGUUCCUUGUAAUACUUUGCUAAUGCUAUAUAUUUUAAUCAAUAUUACAGUUUACUUUCCCUCUGAAGCACUUACAAAAGGUGCUUUGAUCAGCAUGGUCUUUAAGUAUUGCACAAAUCCCUAAUGGUCUUUGGUAGUGACAUGGACAAGAGGAAAUUGCUUAAGUUUUGUUUCCAGGCAAUAUGAUGGAAAUAAACAACCAGUUGGGGGGAGGACUGUUUGCAAAAGCCAUUAUGAUUAACAAAUUGCCAACACGGGUGGGUCCUGUGGUGCUAUUGGAUGGGAAUUUUCUAAUCAGAAUUCAGCUUGAGUUUGAUUAGGAGAUUAUUAGAAGGGGUAAGGGGAGUUUUGCAGGUCUAGAUUGUGAUACAGGGUUUAAACCUUUAAGUUUCAUGAAACUUCCUGACAUAAAAUGGGAAAAGGUCAUGAUAGAUUGAAAGGGACUGGUUCGGUGUACUGGGUAGUCUGGCAUCAAGGCAAGCUUGCAUAUUUCAGCAGUUACAGCAGAAUAGAAGCUGUAUUUAAAGUGGAUUCAUUAUGGAGAGAGGACACGUAAGGCUGGCUUUACAUGGAGGACCCAGGUUAUUAGUUUAAAUGUUACCUUUUAGUUGCCCAACCUUGAAUUGAGAAGAUGCAGAAUCUAGGCCCCCCCCCCCCACGCCAAACACCCCUAACCAGGUGGCUGAUGGGGUGUAUUCAUUGUAUUAUAGGUAUUUCAAAUAAACUUUAUAUUCCUGUUCGAAUAUAUUACGUCCACUAAUUUGUUUUGCUACAAAUAUUUUUUUUGCUUUAAAGUGAUCCACAUCUCCCCAAAGUUACAUAUCUUUAUCUAUGAAUAAAAAAAAAAAAAGUAUUAUAAAUAAAGAAUAAUAAUGCAUGAACAAUUUGUUUAAAUGGAUAUUAUCGUGGGUUAAAGUGUCGAGUUGUCUGAAUUUCCAAUAGCUCUUCACAAAGAUCAGUUUCUGGGAGAAACACCUGAAAAUGUCUGGUUCUAGGGAAUUGUCUGGAAUUCAAAGUACAUUUCAAAUGUUCAGGUAAAAUAACCAAAUUGAAAAUAAUUCUCCAAAUUUGCUAUAUUUUCAGUGUGACUCAUAAACUAAAUCCUGAUCUUUACUUUGAAUUCCUGACAAUCCAUGUGUUGGCAAAUAACCCUGUAUCGGACUCUCUCUGCCUCGUAAUGUGUCCUGUAUCAUUUCCUUCACUAAACUGAGAAUUAUGGAGAAUUGACUAAAUGCAUUAACAAGGUUAUUACCUUAACUUCACAUUUUAGGCCAAGGUAGCCGACCUUGAAGGAUAGCAGACUUAGAGACGUUCUCACUUUGUGAAUAAUCCUGACACUUAUUUACUAAUGUGAGAAAUCACAGUGAAUUAUUUCUAUAUAUAUAUAUGAAUCUUGUGUUCCUCUUUUCCUAUUUAACACAGGAGUUUCAAAAUAAAUGAAUAUGG